GUCACAGUAGCAGGUUAGCAUGUUGUUCUUGCUCUUAUUGGUCUGAUCUCUACAGAAGCACUAUGCUUGUUUUUUGAAAUUAUUUUUAAUCCCAGUCCAACAGGCCGGAGAUGAUAACACACUUUCAGCAUUUAUGAAACGCUACCAAACAGCAAUCAAACCGAUAGCCAUAAAAGGCCCCGGUAAGGUGGAAUCCGAUUGGUUGACCCACAUUCUAACGUCACUCGGAGGCUCUGAUUGGUCAGCGGGGAUUUGUUUUGCACUACCCAGACUUCCUCCUAUGCGUGUUUUCAUAAACAAAUCGCAUUUUUCCUCCCGCCGAGGUCGCUGCUUUCGCUCCUUGUCAGCCUGCCAGCUUUGUCGGCGUCCAGCUCCACUUUUAAAGAAGGUCGUUGCGGAACUUUGAGCGCUGGUUCUGGUUCAAAAAAACAAAAGAGAGACGCGGUUUUUCAGCUGCCGGCCACACCAGUCCGCUGUCUAGACUGUGAGGAGCUUCGGUGUUUUUAGACAUGGUGAAGCUGACAAAAGCCAAGACGUUCCAGGCCUAUCUGGACUCCUGCCACCGCCGUUACAGUUGUGUGCACUGUCGCGCCCAUCUGGCCAAUCAUGACGAUCUUAUCUCCAAGUCUUUCCAAGGCAGCCAGGGCCGAGCCUACCUCUUCAACUCUGUGGUCAAUGUCGGCUGCGGCCCUGCUGAGGAAAGACUGCUGCUCACGGGACUUCAUGCAGUGGCCGACAUCUACUGCGAAAACUGUCACACCACGUUGGGCUGGAAAUAUGAACAAGCCUUUGAACUGAGUCAGAAGUACAAGGAGGGGAAGUACAUCAUCGAGCUGUCCCACAUGAUAAAGGACAACGGUUGGGACUGAGAGGGAAAUCUUCGUCUUUCGUCAUGACUUUUUCACAAGUUGCGAAAACGGUUCCAGUGUAGCUUCUUCAUCCCACGUUUGAGCCAUCGCUGUGCCACACUUUCACUUCAUACAGCUUUGCCAAGAAUAGCAUGUGAUGCCUUAUCUUUAUCUGUUCUUCGUGUUUUGUUUCGUUUUUUUUCAGCAACCACGACAACACAUUUGCUGAUAAUGCUGUCCUAAGUGCUAGUUGUGCAGGAGGACAUGGACUGAAUGAGUGCGGGGUUUGCGUGUGAAAACUUGGGAGUUGUAGUCACACGGGGCACCAGCUGGUGUUACGUUUUGAGCACGCGUAUUAGUGAUUAAACCACUGAGACGGCCUCGCCCUGUGGUGGGCAGGCCCGUGCAAGUCAAAUAAUCUGAUCUUCUUAAACACUGGAUGCAGGUAUUUGGGUUUUCCUUUUGACUUUAAGGUGCAUAUUUAGAUGUAAAUGACCCAAAUUGAGUGAAUUAUUUAGGCUUGUUUAAUCCAGAGAUCCCUUCUUUUUUGAUGUGAGGGUAUGGGAACGCUUAGAGAAGCGAGAUGGGCUUUUUUAUGAGUUAAUGUUUUUAAGAUUAGUAAAACUUUUUCAUAUUUUGCCCAAAAAGCCCACAAAAGUCUUGUAAUUCGUAACCUGGGGUAAGUCUUCCGCUUGAAGGUAUACCUUUUAGUGUGUGUUCGGGUGAGAGUGUGUAUGAGUGCAGUGUUUGCUCAUAAGUCUUAAGCUGGAUAGUGUUGAGAAGCAUUAAUCUGGAGUUGAUUCACAUUUAGAUUUUCCACUGCACAUUCGGGAUAUCUUCACUCUUAAUGCGGAUCCUUCAUAUGUUUGUGUAUGACCUAACACUAAAGCAGCCCUUAGAUUUCCUAGAUUGUGCUAGAGCAGAGUGUGAUUUGGGUAAUGUAGCAUAUUUAUGGUGAUUUUUUUUUUUUUUAAUGUCUGCUUCUUUCAUUAAAGUGUUUUUUAUUUUAACCUGAUAUUUCAUUAAAAUACAGAAUGCCAGUAA